CUACAACGCUCUCAACGUCCCACGCGUGUUUCACCUUAUUCUUGCCUCCCUCGAUCGCUUUAAUCUCACAGAAUAACCAAUAGAGAGAAAUACGGACCCAUUAUGUCUUCGUCUCCCACACAGCAAGACGCGGAGGAGCUCACACCGAUCGUGCAGUCAUGGCAUCAAUACGAGCCAACGACCAAUUCGUGGGAGACAGUCGAGAACCACAGCAUCAAUAAUCCUCCACCAACCCCUCCCCAAGAUACUACCGAUUUAAGCCCUCGUUUGGUUCUUGCCACAUGGAACGUGGAGGCAUUUGAUCGAGAACCUGCCCGCCGCGUCAUCGCAGUUUUCGAUCAUCUCAUCAACCAUUCACCCUCGCCGGAUGCUAUUUUCCUCCAAGAAGUGUCGAGACCGAUGCUGAGUGCGUUGCUGACCAACGACACAGUUCGCGAGAAUUGGAUCUCAAGCGAAAGAGACACAAAGAACUGGAUCGGCGCUCCCCUCAUGGCUUUCGCCACCAUGACUCUUCUAUCAAAGGCCAAAUUUGGUCACGUUGGCAGAGCGGCUUUGGCGGGUCUCGGGCGGGUUUCGAGGAUCAAGUAUCGAUCUUUCUACAGACGGGAUGCACUAUGCAGCGAGGUUUUUGUGCCAUCGCCGCAAUCGGGAACUCAAACGACCACGUUCAAGCGACUUCAGUUGGUCAACGUGCAUCUGGACUCUUUAUCCAACGGGGCGGCAUGUCGUCCAGCUCAACUACAGUGUGUUGGAUCACUUUUGCAUGAUGUCGGUCACGGGCUGGUAGCGGGAGACUUCAAUCCUGUCACUCCACAUAUCGAUGCAAGCCUGGUAGAGGAUAACGACCUCCUCGACGCGUGGAAAGAGUUGAAAGGGGAGGAGACUGGAUACACAUGGGGGGUUGACGGUACCGAAAGGUUCCCUGCAAAUCGAAUGGACAAAGUCGCCAUGGUGGGGUUAAGACCACUGCAUAUCGAAGUUUUGCAUCCGAUGCAAUUACUUUUGCCUGGCGAAGAUAGAUCUGUUUCUUGGAGCGACCACUCGGGGCUGAAGUGUACUUUCACCCUUGCCUCGCCUUAAUGAUUCAAAUCACUAGAACUGAAUUGAUACGAAUAAUCUAGAUGUUUGGUAC